AAUUUUCUUCGUUUUGUUUGUUUGCAGGUGCAAAGCACGAAAGAAAAGCAUGGGGAUAACGGCAUGUUCUUCAUUGAUGAUCCCCAGAGUGACCAGGCUGUGGAAGGCAGUGCAGAUUUUGAAGACACGGACGCGUCCUCUGGGAUAGGAGACGAUGAAGAUGCUGAGGGCUCUGGGGACGACCACCUAUCCGAAGAGGAGAUGGGUUCGGGAACGGUGGGUCCAGUGUUUGUCACGCCCAAAGUCACGGUGGUCACGGACACGAAACACCCUCCCAAGCACUCCAAGCCUAAGGGCCCCACUCUCAAUCCCGAGGAGGAAAACACUAUUCCAGAGUUGUCCGGUCCAGUGACGUCAACCAAGGGUCCUCGUGUCGACAUAGCGCAGGGACCCCCGAGCGGUGGCUACGACGACGACAAUCUGCAAAGCAACAAUAUACCCUUGGGGCGCAAGCAGGACAACCGACCGUCCUCCUUUUUUGCUCAGCCUGGCAUUUUGGCAGCGGUGAUCGGUGGUGCCGUCGUGGGCCUGUUGUGUGCCAUCCUGCUCGUCAUGUUCAUUGUCUACCGGAUGCGCAAGAAGGAUGAAGGGAGCUACGCCCUGGAUGAACCCAAGCGGUCACCAACAGUCAACUCUUACAUGCGUAGCAGCAACAAGGAGUUCUACGCCUAGAGACGGAUCACCCCCGACACACGUGCAAAAGGACACCUCCCCUCCUCCUCCUCCUCACUUGCCUCUCCCCUCAUCUCACGCAGCACCCAAGGGGGGGCAAACCGCAAACUCCUCGCACGAAGGCGUCAUCAAAUGCCGCAGCUGCGGAAGUUUAACUAGAAAAAAAUGUGUACGGUUUGCCACGCGCGCUCCCAUGCUUCCCUCUCCCUUUUUUCCUCUCCACAUAGAGUAACUUUUAACAGACUUCUGUUUUCUAGUUUCGUUCUCAUGUUCCUUGAUCCCGUUUUAACGUGAAAGCGUAUUCUUAAAGAAAAAAGACAUUUUAAAGAAUGUUGGGUUUGUUGUGCCUUAUAGUUGUCACUCGAUGUAAUGAAUUUUUUUUCUUACAUUAAUUGACUUUUUUUAACAUCGCGUGUCAUCGUCCCGAUGUGUAGUGCAGUCAAUGACAGCUCCUUCCUGUUGGCUCCGCAUGCAGUAAUAUCAUGCCAGCUGGAACUGAAAGGGGCCUUUCAUUCAGUGCUGCCUGUCGAGUGCAGCAUGAAGGGUGUCUCUCCUAUAGUGCCAUUUAUUUAAGCCUUCUUACUUAUAUAGGCCAGAACUUCAGUGCUGUGGUUUUUGUUCAGCGCAAGCUCGCUGUCGGGGUGUAAACAACGGGAAAAAUCUAGUGCCAGGACUCGUCCCCACACCUGGCCCGUAAAGGUGUAUUGGCAGUCAAAACAGGAAAACUUAGCUGCAUUGUUGCAGCUGUUGCAUCAAGGCACCAACAAGGGAGUGCUUGCUGAAGCAAGCUUUCACCUUGUUCUCGGCUCGGGAAGGUGGCUACAGCAUCAGCUCUAACGUUUUUCCUGUUUGCUCCACCUUGAUAGCAGUGUCAUAAAGAUGUCCAGUUUGUACAUUCCAGCUGCUGUCGGGAUGGGUUUCUUACUGUCGCGCAGUGUCCAUACAGUGACAAUGUUCCUUACAAUUGCAAUGCCCCGCUGGCAAUCGGUCGGAUUCAGUUGCAGACUGGCCAAAAGCUGCACGAUGUUACUAAUGUCAUGUGCAAUUACAUAUUACACUUCUAAGUUCUGUGGGAUUUUGGGUUGGCGUCUCAUCGAUGACAAAGCAGACUACCCACACCCCACUGUAGAACACGCAGGUCGUUUCGUGGAAUCGCGUGGUCUCUCAUCGGUGUACUUUUUACGAAGGCCCCAAUGCUCUGUUCCCUGCCAAGAGUGCACGUUGGCGAGCUCGUAUUAGGCUCUGCACGUGUUCACAGACCAACGGUGUGUGUGUAUGUGUAAAGCUCAGGUGUGUGCCACAAGAUGAGUGCAAAGUGUAGUGUUCCUCUUCCCCCCCCCCCUCCCCCACUGUUUCUCUUUGCAUAACUGUGUAUCGUUGUGCUGUGCACCAGAAGGCCUCCCAUCCUGACCAAGUCUCAAUUGCUGUCUAAUCGUUCAGCAAAGAGCAGUAGUGGAUAAGUAAAUCUGGAUGACUUUCUAAAAAGUGCUGCUGCCCUUCACAGAUGUUCGAUUUUUUAAGCUACAAUUGGUUCAUACGCACUGCACUGGUCAGGGUGGGCUGAACUUUUUUAAGCUCUGCGAGAACACUUGCCAUGCCUGCAACCUGCCCAAGAUGGUUCUUUUUCUAGUAUCCCCAUGUGCCUAGCUCCCUCUCCUCUCACUCGAAAUGCUUGUAGAGUUUUGUAUCGCCCAUUUUUUCUUUUCUAUACGAUAUACACAUAUACACGAAUGGGGAUGUGUCGUGCAAGUCUGUGUGUGCCUGUUUGAUUCACUCUGUGCAAGAAAGGCCUGGCUGUAGCUUGAAAUCUGGAAUUGAAUGGGACAUCGGUGCUUUUCAAAUAGAGAAGAGCAUUACCAUUAUCUCACUGGAGCCCACCUGCCCACGCUGUCUGGGCCCCUCUUAUGCAUCUAGCCUUUUUGUAACGGCACAUCUGCGUCCCGUCUCCCCCGACAGCCCUUGUUCCUUGUCUCGCUUUCUUUGUUUUUUUUUUGUGCGCGUGUUUAGCCUUCAUGAGGCCUCCUAGCUGUGUCCACCCGUUUUCCUCUUUCUUGUACAUACUUCAUGAACGAAUCAUCCCAUGCGUCCCGAAGAAAGCGAAUGCAAAAUAACUGCGAACAGCCAUGGGAGCAUCGGUACGAAGUUUAGCGUGCCUCGUGCGCUUUUUGCCUUGACGAUACUGCUUUGAAACUUCUGUCUCUGGCUUGUCUUUUUUUUUAUGUGCCGCGCAUGUGUUGUCGUUUUAGUGCAUAGUGUGUUCAAAGAGCCUGUAAAUACUGUACACUUCUCCAAAAUUCGCUUAAGAGAUACCCAAGCUUGUCUUCAACAUUGCGAGAGUAGUAUUCUUUUAUCAAACUUUGUAUGUGUGACCAGUGAAUGUUCUAGCAGUUUGUGUGUCUUCAUAAGGUGGGGUCAUCGAGCGAUUCCUUUUUUUUAAUACGGUGUCAACUUGCCUCUGUAUUUACAAUUUUAACUUCCUUAGCGGUAUGCAGUCGUGAGCAAAUUUUUUUGUUUCGCUUGUCUUUUCGUUUGGCCCUACCAUGGGUUUCCGUCUGGACUGCAGUAUAUGAACAGAACAUUGGAUAUUUCUAUUAAAUACCUUUUAAGGUUCUAGCCUUUCUUGAAGAAUAUUCUUAAAUGCUGUUCUAUAUAGUUGUUGCAUUUACUUUUUUUUACUACAAAGCGUUAACGGUAAAUUGCAGCAUCAUGCACAGGCUUCAGUUCUUUGCAUUUAAAAUAACCCUAUUCAACUUCUGUAAUUCUUUUUUUCUGUGCCUGUUCACUGCUAGAAUCUUAAUAUAUGUAUGCAAAGAGUGCGUGUUGUUGUACGGUGUUUUCACACAUCCACAUGCAACUGCUGCAAAGCAAUUUUUUGUACAUGUUUAAUUUAAGAACGUCGCUGCAUCAAAGACCAAACAGUAGCUUCCAAGACGUACCAAAACAGUGAUGUGUCCGCAUUAGUCAUCUUGGCUAGCUUUUCAGCGUAACUGCUGACAGGCUCCAAAGAGUGGCACAGUUGAAGACACUGGUCUCGACCUUGUAUUGCUUCGAAAACAUUUUUGUACAGAAGUUUUCAUAGUUGUCAAUACAAUAAAUUGAUGGAUUUACAAAAAAAA